AUGCCCGCUCCAGAUCCCAAAACUCCUCUUAACCGUCGGGCCUCGAUGCCUGUACCAUCAACCGCCAUGGGGCCUCCAGAAUUCACACCCUCCUCUUCACGCACUCCAAAAACAAGAUCUUCAGCACGCAUUCCGAAGACACAAUCUUUCCCACGUCCGUCAAGACGGCGUUUAUCUCCACCUCCCGCCUCAUCCCAAAGCACCGCCCUCCCCACCUCCGGUGAAGCCUCCUCGGCGCCAGUCGUCACCCCAGCCCGCCCACAGCGCGAAUACGGCACAUUCGACUCUCCCUUCAUCCCCGACAUCCACCCCACCCCAUCCGCCGUCAGCGUCGUACACCUUGACGAGAAGUAUCGAGCGCAGCAGAGGGAGAAUACAGCGUGGAUGCUUGCCACUAAGGGGACAUUGAGCUCGAGUCCGGGAAUUAGGAUUGAGGAGGUGGCUGAUGAGGAUAGUGAUGAGCAGGAUAGGGAGAACUUUGAUGAUUGGUGUAGGGAGGAGAGAAGGAAGAGAAGGGUGGAGGCGGAGAGGGAGAGGGAGAGGAGGAAGAAGAAGAGGGAGGAAGAGAGGAGGGAGCGAAAGGAGAUGAGAGCACAGGAGGAGAGAAAGGAGCAGGAGGAGAUGAAGGAGCAGGAGGGGAGACGGGAAGGGUGUGACGAGUGGUGA